AUGUCUCUUCGCUUUCGUAUUGUCAUUCGUCAGGGUGAAGUUAAGGCGAUGCAGAUGAAGCCGGUGAUGAUGCGGCGCCCACAGUCUCUUGCCGCGUGUGUUGCUGCGCCGCACCGCUCUCUAUCGACAUUUACCGGCCGAACUGCCGCUGUACUCACCAGCAGCAGCGCCAGCACCUCAUCGUCGUCGUUGCCUUCGCCCCUCUCCGUGAUGUUGCAGCAGAGGCGACACCGCGGCUUCCAUUUCUACCUCAACCUCGACGACCCCGCCGAGACGCGGCGGCGCGUGGAGGAGGACCUCGCGCGCAUCGACCAAGAGCAGCAGCGCGGCACGAUGGUGCACCUUCACGCACUGCUGAACCUCGCGCUGAGUUACUACCAGUCCGGCGAUUACGUCACUGCCCGGGACUACGCUGUGUACACCCAUGAGAAGGCGAGGCAGCGCAACCGGAAUGCGACGCUGCUCUUCUUCACUGCUAAGACGUGCGCGCGUUGCUCGCGUGCUGUUGCGGACGAGUACGAGGCGUACUUGCGCGAGGUGGCGGAGCAAACGGCGGUGUCGUCGACGUUGGCGCCGCGCCCGUCCGUUGUGUUCGCGGCGGAGCGGGCGAUUGCGAAGCUGCGCGAGGAGGCGGUGCGCUACGACGGCAUCGCACGGCGGCUGUGCAACCGCCCCGACAAGGCCUUCAUGCGUGCGGGCGAGGCGGCAGCAGCAACG